UACAAAUGUGACACCAUUGCAUAAAUAAUAAGAUUUUAAAUCAAAGAUCUUAUUUUUUUGCCAAACAAAUCGAUACGAGGCCACAUCUGCUGGAACACCGUGGAUUCUCAAAAAAGCGCUAAAAUGAUAAUGGAGGUCUGUCACUUUAUCCUUGUGCUCCUCGUCCUUGGAUUUCAAGCGAUGGCACAAAACUGCCCACAAGGGGUUUGCUACGGAGGGACGUUUUCUGCCAAGACGCGUAGAGAUGGACAGUAUUUGACGGGUGUUUCGUACAAAAACCUGACCAAGGUCCUUCAUGCACAAGGGUGCUUCUCUGCUUGUGUAAACGAGUGCCGCUGCAAAUCGUAUCAGGUUUCGAAAACUGGCUGCGAGCUGCUGGACAUGGAUUCUUCGGAGAAGCCGCUUGAAGCAAAUUCUGACUAUGCCUAUUUCGACCUGCUCCAAAACAUCGUGCCAUCGGCAGCUUACUUGGCAAAGCCUGCCGAGUGCAGAAAUGGCUGCUGUCUUUCCAACCCCUGUCUCAACGGCGGGAAGUGCACAGAGCAGUGUAACCAUCCAAAAGCCAAAUUCGCCUGCGCAUGCCCAAGUCAUACUACGGGACGGUUCUGCCAACAUUUCACACCUAAAUCCUGCUUUGACUUCUACAAAGCACCAAAGGCCACUUCCAAGCCAGCGCGAGGUGUAUAUACGGUCUUCAAGAAAGACAAUAUCACACAGUUCAAAGUCUACUGCGAUUUUACUUCGCCCAAGAAAGCUUGGACCCUGAUUGAGUCAUAUGCCUACAAGUAUAUCUCAGAGUUCAAGCGCAAGGCAUUUUUAGAAGACUACCCAAUCAAUGAGGCAACACCUGAAAUUCACGCGAGGUUCAGGCUUUCCCGAGAGAAAAUGAAGCUCAUUAGAUCAACUGCGGUAUCCUACCGAGCCACGUGCAAGUUCUUGACGAGAGCGAACGUCACCAGUCGAGAUUACAUGGAAGGAAGACUGUCGGUGUUUGAUAUCAUAGAGGAGACGUGUGAAUACUCCUGUUGUAAAACAAUGACGUAUAUUGAUAUAGUAGGCCAUCAGUGUACCGGUUGCGCUCUGCAGCUCUUACACAAGAGAGCUGGCACGUACAGCUGGCACGUUCAUGUUAUGCCGGGGAUAGCAUGCAGCUUUAACGCCUAUCGAUUAUUUGAUGAGAAUACCGAACUGUUUGGCUUUUAUAACCCCUCAACUCCCACGUUCCUAUGCACAGACUCCGAGGACUCGACCACUGAGUUUUGGCUUGGUCAUGAAACUUAGAGCUGGUUGGUCAAACCCCCAGACGGGGUCUAACACAUAUCCUGAACAUUGGCCCCAUAUCCCACUGUUAUGAUAGAUUAUGUAGGAAAAUACAGAAUUUAGUAAUUUUAGUUAACGAAUAUAGAAGUUUAGAUAUUUAGUAUAUCUAGAAGGCAAUGUUAUGAAAGUUUAAUAUUCUACCUGUACGAAUUAGCAAAUACGCAAGUUCUGGAUAUUUGUUCUAGUUUAGGCAAUUGAUUACGUGUUGGAAAUAUUCCUAAUCAUUUUCUUAGUUUUAUUGAUUUAGCUUUAGUAGUGAGUUGGUCGCUAAAUUUGUUGUUUGAUUCUGAUUGGUUUGUACCGAUUACUCAUGGCUACAUGCCUACUGUUUUUAACACUUUUCCAGCCUUUUUCAUUUAGUAGUUAAACUGCCAGGAACAUAUUGAUUGCACAACCUUCACUUGCUGUUGACAUUGGCUGUUGGUAAUAUUGACGUGGUCCGCGUAGGACAUCCCACGCUCGGAGGGAGGAGCUUAAGCCUGCUGGGAUGGCAAACUGAUUAUCUAUGCUAAUCUGAGUCAGCAAACACCGCACCCACGCUACUUGAGUUACUCCUUCUCUCCCCUCGCAUUUAGUAACUUUAGAUUACGAGUUGAAUAUUUGCUUCUCCAAAGUUACCUCUUCACUUUUCCUACCUUCUCCCUUAGUUUUAUGGCAAAGGACAUUCGUUUUGUAUCCUUUUACUCUUUUCAAAGCUUUCCUUUGUUAUCGCUAAUUUUGCCGACAGCUAAUGGUAUCUGAUGUAACUGUUUGCAUUGUCAAGUACCGUCCAACCACCGCACUCUGCACACAAGGUCAGUGCUUGUCAUUCAAACGUACUACUUGUUUAACUACAAAUAGUACCACAUUGUAAACCCUCGACACACACUUCCUACUCUCAGUUGUACCCCUGACUUAUCAGAAUAAAGGUACGAUCCUCGGUCAAAACAGUCCUCCCGUCUAAUCAUUACAUCACCGCCGAAUUGAGUGACAAUGCUGUUUUGUAAGGGAAAGUUCAAAACCGAA